AGCAGUUCUCUGAUAUUAUAGCAAUAUUUUACUAGAAAUAGUGCUAAAGAGGACACAUUUCACUGGGCGACACGGCUUCCUCGCCCAGAAAUAGAUUUUUCCUACGUCAAAAUCCCUUUUUUAGGGCUUCGGCGUAAGAGGGUUAAUGAAAGUUCUGUUUUUUAUUUUAUUUUUAGCUAGUUGAUUGUGUCUUAGUUUAAGUAUAUAACAAAAAUAGUCUUGUCAGUCAAACUGAGUUGCACUUUUUUCUUUUUUCUGGGGGAGGAUAUAGAAACUGUAAACAAGUUUUAAGUGUAGUCUGUUCUUACCCCUUCUCUCUUUAGUAAUUCAAGUUGAUGUAUUUUGUAGUGUUCAAGUUUCCCUACAUAUGUUUUCCCUCCAAUAUUAACACGUGAAGUGAGUUACCGCUUGCUAGAGGUGGGGGAAUGAGGGAAGCUUCCUGAACAUGGAGACCAGCAUAUGUUAGAGAACGUUUCUGCUCCGGAAAUAGUUGCUUUCGGAGAGAAAAAUGUGUUGAGAAUUCCCUUUGAUGAAAUGCAAGAGACGGAGUCAAGAGCCUAAUAAAGUUAAGCAAACCUACAAUAAGGAUUCUUCAAGCAACACCAAAAUCUUGAAAAACAUACAAGAGGAGUGCGUGCUGCAUUAAGCCAUGACUGAGGAAACAUACAAGAAGUUAUGGAGGCUGAAACUCCACCAACUCGAUUUGGAAACUUACGGCUUCCCAAGGAACCACCCAAAUAAUCCUAAGAGAGCUGUCCUUGGGAUCUCACAGAGGCCACAACCCCAGCAAGAGCCACAUGAAUCAGACUCCUCAGAUUCAGAGCCAGAAAUAAUAAUGGACAGAUGUUCAAGAAUCUGCACCCGCUGCAGGAUCCUCUUCAAAGUGGAUAAGGAAGGUAGGCCUAAGAGACAGCUCUGCAGAUACCACCCAUACCAUGUCCCCUACAAGAAGAAAUUCAGGUGCUGUGGGAGGAAGAAACAUGCCGAGGAGGGUCCUUGCAAGACUGCCAGGCAGCACGUCCACAAUCAGCUGGCCCCAGAGGCCUUGGAGAACUUUAAGCCUACGAGGGAUAACUUGAUCAAAGCCAAGAGGAUUUAUGCCCUGAAGUGCUCCCAUGUGUAUACUGAGAAGGGCAUCGAAGUCGCCAGCGUGUCCUUAGUAGAUGCCUUCUGCAGUGUCGUCUACGAGACAAAAGUCAGACCUGAGAGUAAUAUCCUGGAUUACGACACAGAAAUCAGCGGCCUCAGGAGACACGACUUGGCGAACAUACAGAAGACUUUACAAGACGUCAUCGAGGACUUGAAUGCCCUCAUAGGACCCAAGACAAUCCUCGUCGGGUUCCGGCUCCAGAGGGACCUGACCUCCCUCAGGAUGAUACAUGAGAACAUCGUUGAGGUAACAGUGUUGUAUCCUCACAAGUGGGCUCCCAGGCGCACACAUUCUCUCUACUUCCUCAGGAGGAAUUUCCUCUCUUUGGAGAACAUUCGGGCGCCUCUAAAGUCACGUGAAGAGGCCAUUACAGCCAUGAAGUUAGCAUUACACAGGAUGUGAGGUGCCCAAGUGCUCAUCUCAUAAAUUGUUCAUAAAUUGUGAUUUUUGGUUUAAUAUAACUAUAUAUAUAUAUUUUGCCCUGUGUUCUCUUACAAGAAUCCAUGUUAUAUAUCAAUAUUUAUAUAAGUGAUUAAGUCGUACCAUUUUCAUGGUAAAAUUUUAAAUGUUUUUUUUUUUACUUUAUAGAUUUAUGGUAUGUUAAAUUUUUCCAUUUUUAAGUAAAAAUUAAGUCUAGUGUUUUGUGGAGUUGAGAUAUAACUUUUUGAAAAAUAUAUUUUUUCUAACUUGUACAUCUCAUCAAUUGUGAUUUUUGCUUUAAUAUAACUUUUAAGACAAUAUAUAGUUUGCGCUGUUGUCUCAUACAAGAAUCAGUUAUAUAUCAAUGUUUAUAUAAGUGAUUAAGUCACACUUAUCUCAUAGCAAAAUUUAAAAGGUAUAUAGGCCUACUCUUGUUCUUUCAGAAAGGUGAAUAUUUUUUUUGGCUCACACUUGAAUGUUUUGUUCAUAGUUUUCAUAGUAAAGUCCAGCCCAUUAUCUGAUUGGCUGGUUUGCAUUGGAUUGUCCAUUCCAUCAAGUGACUGGUUGGUGUAUUUUAUAUUCCCUAAAUGAAGGUACCAAAUUUAGUUUUAUUUUUUUUUUUACUAUGUAUUCCAUUUUUAAGUACAUUUUUAAGUACAAAUUAGUAUAGUGUUUCUUUUCAUAGAAUAUGGUGUUUCCAUUUCUUUUCAUUUUUAAGUACAAAUUAGUCUAAAGUGUUUAUUGACUUUAUGGAAAAAUUGAACAGACCCUAAUUCUUUUAAGUAUAAAUUUGUCUAAAAUUUUCUAUGAUUUCAUAGAAUUAUGUUCUGUUUCUUUCCAUUCUCAUGGAGUUGAGAUAAUUUUAGUUUUAUUAGUAACCCAAAAUAGUACUGUUAACUCAUAAUCAAAAUCUAAGUCUUCAAUAAGUAAGUUUUUGAAAGAGAUUUUUUCUAACUUAUACAUCUCAUCAAUUGUGAUAUUUCCUUUAAUAUAACUUACUCUCAAGACAUAUAUUUUGCACUGUGUUGUCUCACAAGAAUCAAUGUUAUAUAUCAAGGUUUAUAUAAAGGAUUAAGUCACAUCUUUCUCAUGGCAAAAUUUUAAAAGUAUAUAGGCCUACUCUUGUGCUUGUGCUUUCAGAAAGGUGAAUAUAUUUUUUGGCUUGCACUUGAAUGUUUUUUUCAUAGUUUUCACAGUAAAGUCCAGCCCAACCUUGGCUGGUUUGCAUUGGAUUGUCCAUUCCAUUGAGUGACUGGUUGGUGUAUUUUAUAUUCCUUAGCCCAAAAUACUGUAUAAAUAAUCACGA